AUGGCUUCCUUCCGCGCCAAACGCCUCGAUCUGGGCUGCUUCAUCAACAACAAGAUCAUCCGCGACCACACCAAGCGCAAAGUCUUCGAGACCCACGAGCCCGAACGCCAAGCCCUGCGCUACAUCAUCCGCAACCUCUCCCUCCCACAGCGCACACGGGCGCAAGCGCAAUUGCAACUGGCGCAGAUGCACUGCUAUACGCGGCCGACGCAGAUUCGGAAUCGAUGCCUGAUGGGUGGGAAGGGCAGGGGUGUCUUCCGGGAGUUCAGGAUGGCGAGGGUGAGUUUGAGGAGACGCUUUGUUUUUUCGAUUGCGAGGACUUCGAAGGGAGCGAUGUGCUGAUGGUGGGAUGUAGUAUCAAUUCCGGAUGAAUGCGCUCGAGGGGAGGAUACCGGGUGUGCAGAAGGCGAGUUGGUGA